CGUAUGGCUGCUGCGGCCACUCCUCCUUAACAACAGCACACUGUUCUCCAACGCAGUUUAAAUGAAAUAAUAACAACUGAAAAGUUACAAUAAACGACUUAUUGAAGGACUCCUGCUGAUUUAUAGCUUCACGCAUGGUCCGUCCGUCCGCAGCGUCGUCCACAACGGGAGAUAUUUGCAGGACUGAAACGUACUUCCUUCAGGCUGUUGUGUAUUUAUACACUCACAUGCGACGCGUUUAACUUCAUUUGCGGAUUAUUCAAGACACGGGACCCUUUAAAUGGAUGUGUUGUCUUUGAAGAAAGAUCGAUGAGAUUGGAAUACUAAAAUGAUCGCAGCCUUUUAAAAGCUUGUAUAUAAUAUUAUACGUAUUUCUCCAAAGGACACAUGACCCGUGGGUACUUUUCGUGAGAGGCACAUGCAACGUUAACGCAUCAGCAGAUCGUAUCAGUUGUUUUUUAAUAAUACUGAACAUUGCAUGUAUUGCUUUAGGAAGAGGAAUGAAGGAAUAGAGUUGUUCCACACAACAACAUUGAAUCUAAAGUCUUUGUCCUCCGAGCCCUUGGAGAUAUGGAGGGACAGGAUGGAAAAGGGAACAAUAAAGAUCAUAAUCCAAAAGCAGAGAAGAAAUUUGCACUCUGGUACAUGGGCUGGUCUUCUCUGGAUAGGAGGACCACGUUGCCCAUGCUGCCGUGGCUGUUGGCUGAGAUCCGGAGGAAAAGUGAGAAAAACGAGUCGGGUCCUGCACAGGCCAGAGAAGUUCAACUGUUCCUUUCGCCUUCACUGAUCCGAUGCGUGCCCGCAAACAGCAGCAACCAAUCCGUGUUCAUAUUCGAGCACAAGGCACAGUUUAUUUCAAGGUUUAUCCACAACAGUCAUGACUUAUGUUAUUUUGCCUAUCUUAUCACAAGUCAACCUGAAAACCCAGAGUCUGAGAUGGCAUGCCAUGUGUUCAAGGCGUGCGAUCCAAACCAGGUGCCUGAGGUUAUUAGCAGCAUCAGACAGGUGUCCAAAGCUGCUCUUAAGGAGGAAAGCAAGCCCAAGCAAGAGAACGACGAAUCUUUCUACAACUCCCAAAAGUUUGAAGUGCUUUACUGUGGAAAAGUAACUGUCAACCAAAAGAAAGCCCCGUCCACUAUGAUCGACGAUUGCAUCGAUAAAUUCCGUCAGCACGAGAUCGAACGCAAGCGACUGCGCCUUCUCAACGGGCAGCGAAGCUCUACCGAGACCCCCGUGGAAUUCAUUGUGGGAGAUGACCCUCUCCGUGCUCCUCUCUGUGAAGUCGAGGAACCUAAACCGGAGCCCGGCUCGUUCGAGGAGGAGCUGUUUGAGGUGGGCGAUGGGAAAGUGGACCUGACAAGCGGCUCCAGUGCGGGCAACCUGCGAGGAGCAUUUCCCGAAUGCAUCCUGGAGGACUCGGGGUUUGGGGAGCCACAGGAAUUCCGGACACGCUGUAGCAGCCUGGCCGGUAGCCUGCAGAAGAAGUCCAGAGAAACGGCGGGGAAGGGGUCAACGCGUAGGAGACACGCCAGCGCGCCCAAUAACGUGCAGCCGUCAGACUCCGAUAAGAAUCGUACGAUGCUAUUCCAGGUUGGUCGGUUUGAAGUGAACCUCAUCAGCCCCGACACCAAAUCUGUGGUUCUAGAGAAGAAUUUCAAAGACAUCUCAUCCUGUUCACAGGCAGUGAAACAGACAGAUCACUUUGGCUUUAUUUGUCGGGAUGUAGUCGAGUCUGGCACAAGCCAGUAUGUGUGUUAUGUGUUCCAGUGCGCUAGCGAGUCUCUGGUAGAUGAAGUGAUGCUUACCAUGAAGCAAGCUUUUAGCACAGCAGCAGCCCUCCAGAGCUCCAAAAACCAAAUCAAACUGUGCGAGGCUUGUCCAAUGCACGACCUACACAAGCUUUGCGAGAGAAUUGAAGGCUUGUAUCCUCCCAGAGCAAAAAUAGCUAUUCAGAAGUACCUGUCCCAACUGAGCGACAACGAACAGGUCAACAUAUUCGAGCGGGUGCAGAAAAUGAAGCCGACAUCGGACCAGGAAGAAAACGAGCUUGUGAUUCUUCACCUCCGGCAGUUGAGUGAGACCAAGCAGAAAUCUCACGUUCAUAUUGGAGAGGCCCCACAGAAUGCUGCCAACACCACCACCUCUGAUAACUCAGGACGCAAUAAAAUGGACUUGUUUAAGAACAAAGCCCGGAGUUCUCUGACAAGCUCCCUGGAGAACAUCUUCUCAAGGGGUGCCAAUCGUAUGCGCAUGCGUCUGGGCAGCAUGGGAAGUUUUGACCGCCAGGGCGACUCUCCCGGUGACUCCCCACCUGGAACUCCACCCAGUUACCUUGACGACGACCCAGAUGCCCCGCAGUUCCGUCAGCGAGCUCACACCUUUAGCCACCCGCCCAUUAAAAAGAAGAUCUCUUUCACUGAGGUCUCAUCUCAGGCCUAUAAGGCACCGCUGCGCAGGCAGCAGUCUUUGGCUCCGGAGCUGUUGCAGAGCAGUCCGGUUGGUUUCUCAAGAGUACGCAGUGUUUCUGAGGGAGAGACAACCUUCAGCCUCUCCUCAUCUUUCCACACCCCCUCUUUCCUGAAAACAUUUUACCAGGGCUCCCUUGGCUCCCUGCCGGACAGCGGGAGUGUUAAGAGUGCUAAUGGAGAAGGGAGGAAGAGAUCUCUGUCAGUCUGUAGCAACGAUUCUUUGACUCUGGUGCCUCCGCGGAGAGUUUCUUGGCGUCAGAAGAUUUUUCUGAGGGUGGCGUCACCCAUGAACAAACCCACAGCAACUAUGCAGAACAUGGACCACAUGGAUGGCCGGGAGCUAUUGCCUCUCUCUCCUCGGUCUUUGGAUCAGGGUCAGUACCCUCUGGGCAGCCCCUUGUCCACAGACCAGAGCUUCGGUGACGAAAAAGGUCAGCGAAGCCCAGCCAAUUACAGGGCCCUGUGGAAAAAAGCCAUCCACCAACAAAUUCUGCUCAUCCGCAUGGAGAAGGAGAACCAGCGCCUGGAAGCCAGCCGUGAUGAACUGCACAUUCGUAAGAUGAAGCUGGACUACCAGGAAGUGUGUCAGUCCUCAAAAGAGGUGCAGGCCCUGUGGGACAGGAAGUUGAGCAGCCCGUGUCGCACUAAAGUACAGUGGGACAAGGAGGAGAUCCACAGUGCUGUCUAUCAGGGGGUUCCUAAAAGCAGGCGAGGUGAGGUGUGGCUCCUGCUCUUCCAGCAGCAUCGUCUGCGUAACCGCCUGCCACAGCGGCAACAGCCCCCUGAUACAUCUUAUCAGGAUCUUCUGAAGCAGCUGACAGCACAACAACACUCCAUCCUGGUCGACCUGGGUCGGACAUUCCCAACACAUCAGUAUUUCAGCACUCAGCUGGGUGCCGGGCAGCUGUCUCUGUAUAACCUACUGAAGGCUUACUCCCUGCUGGACACGGAGGUGGGCUACUGCCAGGGAAUCAGUUUUGUGGCUGGUUUGCUGUUAUUGCAUAUGAGCGAGGAGCAGGCUUUCGACACGCUCAAGUUCCUCAUGUACGACCUGGGCAUCCGAAGGCAGUACCGCCCUGACAUGAUCUCUCUGCAGAUUCAGAUGUACCAGCUGUCCCGACUGCUUCACGACUAUCAUCGUAACCUGUACACUCACCUGGAGGAACAGGAGAUCUGUCCCAGCUUGUACGCCGCGCCCUGGUUUCUUACUCUUUUCGCCUCUCAGUUCCCACUCGGCUUUGUUGCCUGUAUAUUUGAUCUCCUGUUUGUCCAAGGCACAGAUGUGAUUUUUAAGGUGGCCCUGUGUUUGCUGAGCAGUCACGAGGGAGAGAUACUGGAGUGCGACGGUUUUGAAAGUAUUGUGGACUUCCUUAAAUCCACCAUCCCCACCCUCACUCACAGCCAAAUGGAAGAGAUCAUUGCCAAGGCUAUAGAGAUGGACAUCUCCAAGCAACUGCAUGCGUAUGAAGUGGAGUACCAUGUUCUGCAGGAUGAGCUCUCAGAUGCUCCUCCACCAUCAGAAGAGUCUGAUAGACUAGAUAAACUAGAGAAAAGCAAUGUUCAGCUCAAGAAACAGAACAUGGACUUACUAGAGAAAUUACAGGCGGCUCGUGUGAAGAUUCAAACGUUGGAGACCAGCAUGGAAAGCUUCCUUUCACGCGAGAGCAAGAUGAAGCACCUGAUCCGUUCUCUGGAGCAGGAGAAGGCAUCCUAUCAGAAAAUGAUCGACCGUAUGCGAAAUAAUCUACCCCCAGAAGCCAUUGCUGAUGUGGAGAUGACACAACUAAAGUCCAGCACCAACGAAAAAGCUAAAGCGGAUGGUAAAAAGCCUUGAGUUUGCUGACAUACCACACAAUGAUUGGUUGGAGAGAUUGAGUCGACGGCUUUUAAAGAUGUGCUGUUGCCUCUCACGCUUAACUACUUGUAUGCAGACCUACGUUUUCAAAUAAGAACAUCUGUUUCUUCCACUUCCCAAAGUGCUUCACUCCUGAUUGCCUAAUUCAAUAUUUCCACAUACGCUGGAAAAAUGAGGACAAAUUAGAAAACACCUCUGUUGAAAAUACUUGAAAACAAUACAAAAAGUUGUUUGUUUCCACAGUGCAUCUGUGUACAAGGUUUGUUGUGGACAACGAGAAGGUGACUGUGUCCACUGUGAAGGUUUUUUUGACACUCCAUAAGGGUUAAACACUGACUCAUUUGAGGAAAACCAAAUAUUUACAAGGUUUAUCUUUUGCUUGAAGUGCUUCACCUAAAGUGCAUGCAGAAAGUGAAUCCAUGUGAUGCUGGGUUUCCUCUGCGACUUACAAACAUGCUCUUGCUGCCCAGACUCUGCUGAGCUCUGGUUGACAUGUUUGGGCAUCAGACAAAUCGCUGUCUAAAGACAAAGAUCACGUGUCUUUAAACUGUCAUUGCACAGUAUUCUGUGUGCUGAACGCAAAGUGUGCCUGAUGUAUAACACUAUACAUAUAGAUUUAUGCACGCAAUGCUGAUCGUUGUUCAAUCUUAGAUGGACAUAAAUCCCAUUUGAUUUUUCUCUCUUCCUAUCUGAAUGUUUUUUCGUGUCCCACUAAAAAAUCUACUAUCUGUGCUAAUAUCUUUGUAGAGUUGUAUAAGAGUGGAGAGUUUAUAAUAUUCCUUAGUGGCUUGGAAAGUUGCUUACAAAAAAGAAGACUGUUAUAUCUGAAACGGUCUGAAAGAUUUUAUAAAGAUCAUCUUUAAAGACAUCUGAAAGCAUCAUUUCUUCAUCAAUGGUUUUGGAGUACAAAUUUGAUGCACUCCGCCAAUGAGAAGCUGUUUCUACAAAUGAUGUGUGAGGCGUUGGGUUGAACCAGCUGUUCAGAUUUGGAUAGUGACCAGAUCAGAUUGUACAUAUGACAAGAAUCACAUUGUAUUGGUCAUCAUCGAAUCACGUGAAUGUUCUUUUCAGCCUUUAUUGUGCACUUAAAGCAGGAAAAUCUACUUGAACACUUGGUCUUCGAAGAGUUUGUUUAUAUUGAUCACAACUUGCCUCUUAUGACAGUUUAAUGAAUGAAUGAACUCAUAUGACAGUGUUGGUAUAUUUCUUCUUCUGCGGUUCUUGUUCAUUUACACUAAUAUAUCAAGCUAAGAGUGUUUUAACUUCGGUUUAACUGCAGUAUUGCUGCUUGGCUGAUCAAUGGUUACCAGUUUGGCGUAUAGGCUUUCUGAUUCACAUUUUCUAGCUGGAGCUUUUGAUGUGUUUUCUGUUUCCAUUGUUUUCUAAUUUCUUUUGAUAAAUGCAUAUCAGAUUUAAAAGAUUUGCAAAUCUUUGGAAAAUGUGAAACAACAAAAAUUUUAAGGAUGAAUGUUUAGUCAAGGGCUCUUUUUUGCAUCACUGAGUUCCCAUAGUUCCAUCUGUUCAGAGGUACAUUUAAGCAAUAACCAUGCAUUGAAAAACAUCUGAGAAACAAUGUGAUGGACCGAGUGAACGGGUUUAUAAUAAAACGAUGUAGAAUUAAGAACAAGGUCACAUUGUCUAAUUUGAAUUGAACAGUUCACCCAAAAGUAUAGAUUCUGUUCCACCCUCGACUUGUUCCAAAUCUUUAAACAUUUCGUUGUUCGGAUGAACACAGAGAAAGAUAUUUAGAAGAAUGCUCGUAACCAAACAGUUCUUAGUCCCCAUCGACUACCGUAGUAGGAAAAAUUACAAUGGUCAAGGGUGUCCAAGAACUGUUUGCUUUCCUACAUUCUUCAAAAUAUUUUUGUGUUCAACAGAACAAAGAAAUUUAUAAGGCGAUUUUUUUUUUUCCUACUAUGGCAGUCAGUGGUGGCCAAGAAUUAUUUUGUUACAAGCAAUUAUUUUGUUACAAGCAUUUUUCUAAAAAUAAUUCUCUGUUCAUCAGAACAAAGACAUUUAUUCAGAUUAAAUGAAGACAAAAUUUUCAUUUUUGGGUGAACUGUUCCUUUAAAUGUGCUGUGGAAUGUGCACAUUUAAGCAUUUAAUACAUAAUAGUCAUACUUUCUUCAUGUUACAUUGCAUGUGCCAAAACUUGUUCAUCUUUAUUCCUUCGUUUCUCUGUGAUUAAACAUAAAAUGAAAGUAUCAAGUUGUAACACUAAACACUAAGACAGUGUUGUGUUUUCUUAAUAUCUUUCAUUGAAACUGUUGAACUUGUGUGUGUGAUGUGUACAGAUAUCUCAUGUUUUUUUCUGAGAUGUACUGGACUUGAUUUGGACUAGUGUGUCAGUCACCCAUACUCUAUUAAAAUCAACUUUUUAUACCUCAA